GGGGGGGGGGGAGUGAGCCGGCAGCCGGGUUAAACGGUGAGCGACGCGAGCGGGCGCGCGCUCUCUCUCGCUCUGUCUCUGUCCCGUUAAAUUGCAAUAACGGCGGAGGCUACCGACUAUUGCAAUAGCGGUAAAGCAGCCCGGGCUGCAGGGCUGACAGGUGCAUCGAUCAGAGAACAAAUAGCGAGGGAGGGAGGGGAGGGAGAGUGGUUUGAAAAUGUGCAGCACCGAGCGCGCGGCGAGCCCCGGCGGCUGAGGGCGGGUUUGAAUCGGAGGAGCAACGGUCUUCGUCGGUUGGUUUUAUCGUCGGUGUGAGUCCCCCUCACAGGUUUCAAAUAUAGGCUUUUCACUUUGGUGGUAGAAGUCUUCCUGAGCAGAAUGGGAAUGUGCUUAACAACCAAUGAGGCCACAUGGAGAUUCACCACAAAACAAAAGGAAAUGUUUCACCACCAGAGCCUGGUUUAACAGUGUCCAAGUCUGCUAACAACCCAUAAAUCUUUCAUUUUUAAAAAAAAAACACUGAAUGCUGCACUUGAUAAACUCAAAAAUCAGUGACUGAGUGAGUGAGGCGGGGCCAGGUUACAGGCUGAAUGGAGACUGGAAUGAACAAAGAAGAUUUAAAAAGCAAGCACUCGAGAAGAGAACCUGUUUUUCUUCACUCUGUUGGUUGAAAAGGCGUGUUUUGUUUUCCCCGAUGAACACCACAGGCAUGAUGGCUGCCAAUGUGAGGAAAAUGCUCUGGACACUUUGUGGUCUCUCUAUAUUCCUGAGCCAAGGAGGUGGCCACAGUAUGUUUGCCUGUGAACCCAUUGCCUUGCGGAUGUGCCAGGAGCUGCCUUACAACACCACUUUCAUGCCGAACCUUUUGAAUCACUAUGAUCAGCAGACUGCAGCCCUGGCUAUGGAGCCGUUUCACCCGCUUGUAAACCUGGAGUGCUCCCGGGACCUGCGGCCGUUCCUAUGUGCCAUGUACGCUCCCAUCUGUAUGGAGUACGGGCGUGUUACACUGCCUUGCCGAAGCCUGUGCCAGCGAGCAUACGGCGAGUGUCACAAACUGAUGGAGAUGUUCGGGGUGAUGUGGCCGGAGGAGAUGGAGUGUGUGAAAUUUCCAGACUGUGAUGAACUACCACGGAUCGGAGACUUUGUGCAGGACGGUGAUCCCACUGACGAGACUCCGAUGGCUGUCGAGAGGGACUAUGGUUUCUGGUGCCCUCGGGAGCUGAAAAUGGACCCAGAUCUUGGGUACUCCUUUCUGGGGGUAAAGGACUGUUCGCCUCCUUGCCCCAACAUGUACUUCAGACGGGAAGAACUCUCUUUCGCUCGCUAUUUCAUCGGCGUGAUCUCCAUUGUCUGCCUGUCCGCCACACUCUUCACCUUCCUCACAUUCCUGAUUGACGUGAAGCGAUUCCGCUACCCCGAGCGGCCCAUCAUAUUCUACGCCGUCUGCUACAUGAUGGUAUCCCUGGUCUUUUUCAUCGGUUUUCUCCUGGAGGACAAAGUGGCGUGCAACAGAAGCAACGACUCCCUUUACAAAGCCUCCACCGUGACACAGGGCUCCCACAACAAGGCCUGCACCAUGCUGUUCAUGGUGCUUUACUUCUUCACCAUGGCGGGCAGUGUGUGGUGGGUCAUCCUCACCAUCACCUGGUUCCUGGCCGCUGUGCCCAAGUGGGGCAGCGAGGCCAUCGAGAAGAAGGCACUGCUGUUCCACGCCAGCGCGUGGGGCAUCCCGGGCACCCUGACCAUCGUCCUCCUCACCAUGAACAAGAUCGAGGGCGACAACAUCAGCGGGGUCUGCUUUGUCGGGCUGUAUGAUGUGGACGCACUGCGCUAUUUUGUGCUGGCCCCGCUGUGCCUGUAUGUAGUGGUGGGGGUGUCCCUGCUCCUGGCCGGAAUCAUCUCCCUCAACAGGGUGCGGAUUGAAAUCCCACUGGAGAAGGAGAAUCAGGACAAGCUGGUCAAGUUCAUGAUCCGCAUCGGAGUCUUCAGUGUCCUGUACCUGGUGCCCCUCCUCGUGGUCAUCGGCUGCUAUUUUUAUGAGCAAGCAUUCCGCAGCGUGUGGGAGACUACGUGGAUCCAGGAACGCUGCCGGGAAUACCACAUCCCCUGCCCUUACCAGGUGACCCAAACGAGCCGUCCUGACCUGAUCCUCUUCCUGAUGAAGUACCUGAUGGCUCUAGUGGUCGGCAUUCCCUCCGUCUUCUGGGUUGGCAGCAAGAAAACCUGCUUCGAAUGGGCCAGUUUCUUCCACGGCCGGAAGAAAAAAGAAACAGUGAACGAGAGCCGGCAGGUGCUGCAGGAGCCGGAGUUUGCACAGUCGCUGCUGAGGGACCCCAACACACCCAUCAUACGCAAAUCCCGAGGCACCUCCACCCAGGGCACCUCCACCCACGCCUCGUCACAGCAGCUGGCCACCAUGGACGAUCAGAGGAGCAAAGCAGGCAGCGUUCACAGUAAAGUCAGCAGCUACCAUGGCAGCCUUCACAGGUCUCGUGACGGCAGGUACACACCGUGCAGCUUCCGGGGUCUGGAUGAGCGUCUGACACACGGCAGCCUUCCCCGGCUCAACGACCAGUCCCGGCAGAGCAGCCUACACCGCCUGAACGACCAGUCCCGACACAGCAGCACCAGGGACCUGAGCAACCCGUCCACUCACAUCACUCACGGCACCAGCAUGAACAGGGUCAUCGAGGAGGACUGCACUAGUGCCUGAGGCCCUGCACACUGCAGCCAAGGGGCUCACUUUAACAGGGUACAGAGAAACCACAGACGUUUACAAAGCAUUGAGGAGUGGCCUUGUUGUGUAGCCGGACAAAGGGGUUAGAAACGGCCUGUGGGAACCAACCAAUGUCAGCAGCAGAGGGGAGGACGGGAGGUGGUGUUUCAGCUCUGCCCAGGGUGGCAG